CGCAUCGAAAAGCUCACCCUCUUUAUAUUAAUGAUUCUAAAUUUCGCGCAGCUCCCGAUCUUCCUUCUUCAAUGGCGACUGAUUUCACAGAAGAACUGAGCGAAAACAAUCUUCCAGGACCGAAGUCGGCCUUGCCGUUGAAUUUAGGAUCUGCAGCCGCUGGUAAUGGCCAAGUAGAUCAACACCAAAAUCGCCGUGCAUUUGCUGUCGGGCCUUCCCAUUCCGUGACUCCCACCGCUACAAAGGAAGGCACUGAAUCUCGACGUGCCACUUUGGGGAGAACAUCGGAGCAUCAUGCUUCUGUUUUUGAUAUCUUCAAGAAGAUCCGUCGUGCGGAGCGGUUUGGGAUUCCUGUACGUUUGUCGGAGGCAGAAAAGCGAUUCUCUCGAGCUGAGAGGUUCGGCAUUGAUUCAGUAUGUGGGCCGGAUGAAAUGUUCAAAGCAGAAGAGCUGAAGAGAAAGGCCAGAGCGGAGAGAUUUGAGCUCUUAACUUUGUCAAUGGCUACUGACGAGGAGGCAAAGAAGAAAGCUCGGCUUGUCAGAUUUUCCCCAUUUUUAUAGAGUUCCCUUUUGGUUGAACAAGAAAGCUAUAUCAACAAGUCUUAUGCACAGCCAAGCUCAUUUAACCAAUUGGACAAGCCGAGCUAUUAACCAUUUAGUUCAUCGUAUCCUGAACCCUUUCAAUUUAAGGAUGCGGCCAUUAUUUUGUAUGAAAUGUAUAACAUUGAACUCCAUUAGAUAGUAGGUGUUUUAAAUUUCUAGAACUGCACCCUCUUCAUCAAAUUGGAGGGUAUACUUCCAUCCAGUUUUCUACAUGCCCAUUUUAAAAAAAAUUAUCUACACUACUAUUAUCAUCGUCCUUCCAGUGCUCAGGCAAGCCCUUUGAGUUCGAUCCAAGUAAAUGGCAAGGGGGAUGUACCUGUUGGUUCCUUUUUAGUAGGCUAAGCAACUGUUUUCUGGAAGUGUCACGAUUUUAUGGAAGGCAGAACAAUGGUCUAAAAGAAGUUUUUCCAUCUGCGUUGGUGGUCACAUACUUCUAAUUUUUAUCUUAUAGACCUUAUUCAACUUAAUUAACAUGGGAGAAGUUAUCUAAUUGAUUCGUUCGUCUUUGCAGGUUCAAUGUAAUUUUCAUGGGUGUUCUUGAUUUGCUUUCUCCACAUUUUGCACACUGAAAUCCCGUUUCAUAGCAGUAUAUCUGUCACCCAGGUGCUUUUUCUUGAGUUGUUUGAUAAGAUGUGACGGCAUAAGGCGGCUCUUAGCCAUUAUUUUCUAGCACCAAGUGUUUUCUUCUUUUGUUUGUAUUGAGGAUCUGUUAGAGGAAAAAACUAAAAAAAUUGUUGAUUUACACAGGCGAUGGAUUGAAUUCAGAGUCAUCCUUAAUUCUGAUGAUGCAUUUAUAUCCCUUUUGUUUCUU